GAGAGGAAUGAGACGCUGCAGAGAGCUGUGGAGGGGUCUGAGGAAACGAGCAGCCAUCUGAAUGAAGAGAUCUCCCUCCUGCAACAGCAGCUGAGGAUCUCCCAGCAUGCACUGCAGCAGGCGAGGAGCGUUUCUGAGGAGCUGGAGGAGCUGAAGGGAGCCGCCAAGGCGCUGGAGGAGACCAACAGCCACAUGAGACGCCACACAAAACAGCUGGAGAGAGAGCAGCAGGCAAUGACUGUGGAGACGAGGUGUCGACAGGAGGAGAGCGUGCGUCUGGCAGCAGAGAGAGACACACUGAGGUGGAGGGUGGAGCAGCUGACUGAGGACAAAGCAGAGCUCAAGAUUCUGCUUGAUGAAGUGGAGGACACACUCUCCAGCAAGGAUGCUGUCAUUACAGAGAGAGGGAGAGAGACAGAAAGACUUCAGCAGAGCAUAGAGGAAUACGUCUCCCUUAUUCAGGAGCUGAAGGCAGAGAUAAGCAGACUUCAGGACCAGCUGACUCAGAGUUAUAAUGAUCUGACAGCUUGCAGCCCACAGGAAUCCCUUCUGGUGUGCAGCUCUCUGCCCUGGAGAGACAGGACUGAGGGCUCCCUGCCCUGGAGAGACAGGACUGAGAGCUCCCUGCCCUGGAGAGACAGGACUGAGGGCUCCCUGCCCUGGAGAGACAGGACUGAGAGCUCCCUGCAGCUAGAGAUACAGGACGUGCACAAGGACACACACACAGUCGGCUCUUCACUCCCCACCCCUCUCUGUGGGAUGCUGGUUAACAACGAGUUUGAUGCGAAGGAGCCCUCGCUGCUCAGGAACCCAGGUCUGGAAAACAACUUCCUGCAGCAGUCUGGAGAGCAGGAUCUGCUGAGAGGAGAGUCGAGAGCCCAGGAGGGGGGGAGUUCGAUUCAGAGCAUCCCGUCUGAGGAGCGGGGCGGUCGAAACCACAGAGAGGUUCAGACGACCAGCUCCUCAACACAGACCGUCCCGGAGGACCCUGCUGAUCCUCAGAGCCCUGUGACUGCUGACUGGUCUGAGAUGCAGUUGGUUCCUGUGGUCCGGUCUCUGGUUCCCGUCUCCAGGCAGCUGGUCCAGUUCAGGAGAACCACCCAGGGCAACAGGCUCUCAGAGCAGGGGCGCCUCCUCCCCCUCUCAGCCAGGUCGUGUCUCUCCUGCAUCGGGCUGGCUUGUGCCAUCCUCCUGGUCUCUCUCUGCAGCCUCCUGUACCAGAGCGCUCAGCACAGCUUCAACCCGGCUGCCAACUCCCCCCUGGCAUCCCUCUGGCAUCUCAUUAUACAGACCCUGAGACCCCACAUCACACUGAGGCAUCUCAGCCCCCCUCCUAUCUGACUGCAGCUCGAACCACUAGAGCCAGCCUCCCUCCCAAUCCCUCCUCAGCUCUAACCACUAGAGCCAGCCUCCCUCCCUCCCUCCCAGUCCCUCCUCAGCUCUAACCACUAGAGCCAGCCUCCCUCCCUCCCAGUCCCUCCUCAGCUCUAACCACUAGAGCCAGCCUCCCUCCCUCCCAGUCUCUCCUCAGCUCUAACCACUAGAGCCUCCCUCCCUCCCAGUCCCUCCUCAGCUCAAACCACUAGAGCCUCCCUCCCUCCCUCCCUCCCAGUCCCUCCUCAGCUCUAACCACUAGAGCCAGCCUCCCUCCCUCCCAGUCCCUCCUCAGCUCUAACCACUAGAGCCUCCCUCCCUCCCAGUCCCUCCUCAGCUCAAACCACUAGAGCCUCCCUCCCUCCCUCCUAGCUUUAACUGCUGCAGCAAAGUCUAUUCUGCUGUUAUUCCUGAGUUUACUUUCAUGUGUUUUAUUUAUUUUUGGUUCAGCUUUGAAAUAAAUCUA